GCACUGGCUCGUCCUGCCGCUCGGUCCAGUGCGCGCCGGGCGUGAGGGGCGCGCCGUCCGGUGGCCGGCCGGCUCGGUGCGGAUCUACUCGCCGCGCUUUCUCCGGAAAGAUCUCUUUGGGAGAGGCUUCACGACGCGCUCGCCUUGCUCUUGGACUUGGGAGGAGCGCUAGGAAGAAGGGGACCGCUUUCUAGCCGCCGAGGAGACCUCUCUUCUUUGUUUUUUAUGUCUGGAGAAAUGGACGAAGACGGUGAAGUCAGUUGAAGUCCGAAGAAAUAAUCAUCAGGGCAUUUCGAAGGCGCUUCAUCAAAACCUUCAUUCCCUGGCGCUCUAAUUGUCUCACCGGCACUACACCUUCUAGGAGCCUGGUGUGGCAUUUCCCCCCCAAUGUGGACUCCCAUGGGUUGGCCCCUUCUUUGUAAUUUGAAAUGAAAUGAUGGCCACACGUCGGACUGGUCUGCCGGAGGGAGAUGGUGACAACAAGCUCAAGACCUGCGGGUCCCCCGCCUGUGAGGUAUCAAAAAGUAAAGAUGGAAAAGAACAAAGUGAAACUGUAUCACCAUCCGAAGAUGAAACAUUCUCCUGGCCAGGUCCCAAAACAGUUAUGUUGAAAAGAACAUCCCAAGGCUUUGGUUUUACAUUAAGGCAUUUUAUUGUUUAUCCCCCAGAGUCUGCAAUUCAAUUUUCAUAUAAGGAUGAAGAAAAUGGCAACAGAGGAGGAAAACAAAGAAACCGCUUGGAGCCCAUGGAUACCAUCUUCGUCAAACAGGUUAAGGAGGGAGGACCUGCUUUUGAAGCUGGAUUGUGCACAGGUGAUCGAAUUAUAAAAGUCAAUGGAGAAAGUGUUAUUGGAAAGACCUAUUCCCAAGUAAUCGCUUUAAUCCAGAACAGCGAUACCACAUUGGAACUUAGUGUUAUGCCAAAAGAUGAAGACAUUCUCCAAGUGCUACAAUUUACAAAGGAUGUCACAGCUCUGGCGUAUUCUCAAGAUGCCUACCUGAAGGGCAACGAAGCCUACAGCGGCAAUGCCCGCAACAUACCUGAACCUCCGCCAGUCUGCUACCCCUGGCUGCCACCCGCCCCUCCCGCCCCGGUGCCGCCCCCUGAAACAGCUCCUCCAGACUCCUCCACGAGCAAACCGCAGACCAGUCCCCCAGUAUUGACGCAGCCCGGCAGGGCCUACAGGAUGGAAAUACAAGUGCCUCCGUCACCACCAGAGGUGGCCAAGUCAAACACGGCAGUGUGUGUCUGCAGUGAAAGCGUAAGGACCGUCAUUGUACCUUCUGAGAAGGUUAUAGAUUUGUUACCUAGUAGAAGCAACCACACGGUUCCCUCCCACAGAACUGAGGAAGUGAGGUACGGCAGGAACGAGCAGACCUCUUUCAAAACAGCAUCAAGAACCACAUCGCCACCAUCCUCGAUUCCCACGUCCCAUCUAAUCCAUCAGACCGGCUCCAGGUCGUUGGAACCUUCUGGCAUUUUACUUAAAUCAGGCCAUUACAGUGGACACUCAGAAGGACUGGCAAGCAGCAGGUCUCCAGCUGUGGAUUCUCCUCCCGUAUCUGUCAAUCACUAUUCUCCAAACUCCCAUCAGCACAUAGACUGGAAAAACUAUAAAACUUACAAAGAGUAUAUUGAUAACCGGCGGUUGCACAUGGGUUGUCGGACAAUUCAAGAAAGGUUAGAUAGUUUAAGAGCAGCCUCGCAGAGCACAACAGAUUAUAACCAGGUGGUACUGAACCGCGCUGCCUUGCAGAUACGACGUCGGAGCACCUCUCAGGACCGAGUGCCCCAGUCCGUUCAGAUCCGGCAACGCAGCGUGUCUCAGGAGAGGCUGGAGGACUCUGUGUUAAUGAAGUACUGUCCAAGGAGUGCAUCUCAAGGAGCGCUGACAUCUCCUUCUAUUAGUUUUAGUAACCAUAGAACUCGCUCGUGGGAUUUUAUCCAGGGACAGGGUGAAACCUUAGAAAACGUCCAUUCUGAAUGCCCACCACCCGAUGUAAAGGGAGAACGAAAGCAGACUUACAAGUGGAGUGGAUUUACCGAGCAGGAUGAUCGGCGAGGUAUUUAUGAAAGGCAUAGGCAGCAAGAAAUUCACAAAUCUUUCCGAGGUUCCAAUUUUACAGUGGCUCCGAGUGUUGUGAAUUCUGACAACAGGCGAGUGAGUGGCAGAGGGGUGGAAUUGGUGUCUCAGUUUAAAAGAAUUCCAGCAGAUCUGAAACCACUGCAGCCCAACAGAAAUUUUCAAACUACCUGCGGAAUGUCCCAGCCUCGAGGUAUUUCACAAGACAGGUCACCUCUUGUGAAAGUCCGAAAUAAUUCUCUGAAAGCACCUACGCACGUCACAAAACCACCCUCCAGCCAGAACUCGUUUGUUUCCAUCAAAGACCAAAGACCAGUAAAUCACUUGCAUCAAAACAGUCUCUUGAAUCAGCAGACAUGGUUAAGGACUGAAAGUGCCCGCGAUCACCAAGUGGACACUGGGAAGCCCCCCUCUCUAUCCGGAGCUUCUGUUAAGCCCGCCCCUCCGAUGAGUGAGAACACUGGCACUCCAGAAAGGAAUCAAGAUUUAAAUUUACAAGAGGCUGAAAUUCAGCAAUCAAAUGCUGUAGAUAAUAAAGAAACUGUCAUCCUAAGAGAAAAACCUCCGUCUGGUCGCCAAACGCCGCAGCCUUUAAGGCAUCAGUCUUACAUCUUGGCAGUGAAUGACCAAGAGCCCGGUUCAGACACCACUUGCUGGCUACCUAAUGAUGCUCGCCGCGAGGUCCAUAUAAAAAGAAUGGAGGAGAGGAAGGCCUCAAGUACCAGUCCACCCGGUGAUUCCUUGGCUUCCAUCCCAUUUAUAGAUGAGCCUACUAGCCCCAGCAUCGAUCACGAUAUCCCACACAUCCCCGCCUCUGCGGUCAUCUCUGCUUCCACCUCCCAGGUACCCUCCAUAGCAGCGGCCCCUCCCAGCCUCACAACGUCAGCUCCUUUAAUUCGACGUCAGCUCUCUCAUGACCAGGAAUCUGUUGGACCUCCCAGCCUGGAUGCCCAGCCCAGCUCAAAGACAGAACGAUCAAAAUCAUACGAUGAGGGCCUGGAUGAUUACAGAGAAGAUGCAAAACUGUCCUUUAAGCAUGUAUCUAGCCUGAAGGGAAUCAAGAUCACAGACAGCCAAAAGUCAUCAGAAGAUUCUGGAUCCCGGAAAGAUUCUUCCUCAGAGGUUUUCAGCGAUGCUGCCAAGGAAGGGUGGCUUCAUUUCAGGCCACUUGUCACUGAUAGGGGCAAGCGAGUUGGUGGAAGUAUUCGACCAUGGAAGCAGAUGUAUGUUGUACUUCGGGGCCAUUCGCUGUACCUGUACAAAGAUAAACGAGAACAGACGACUCCGUCUGAAGAGGAGCAGCCCAUCAGUGUUAACGCUUGCUUAAUAGACAUCUCUUACAGCGAGACCAAGAGGAAAAAUGUCUUUCGACUCACCACGUCCGACUGCGAGUGCCUGUUUCAGGCUGAAGACAGGGACGACAUGCUAGCCUGGAUCAAGAGCAUCCAGGAGAGCAGCAACUUAAAUGAGGAGGACACUGGAGUUACUAACAGGGAUCUGAUUAGUCGAAGAAUAAAAGAAUACAACAGUCUGAUGAGCAGCAAAGCAGAGCAGUUGCCAAAGACCCCUCGCCAGAGUCUCAGCAUCCGGCAGACCCUGCUUGGUGCUAAAGCGGAGCCCCGGACUCAGAGUCCACACUCCCCCAAGGAGGAGUCAGAAAGGAAGCUUCUCAGUAAAGAUGACACUAGUCCCCCAAAAGACAAAGGCACAUGGAGAAAAGGCAUUCCAAGUAUUAUGAGAAAGACAUUUGAAAAAAAGCCUACUGCUACAGGAACGUUCGGGGUCAGACUGGAUGACUGCCCACCAGCUCAUACUAAUCGGUAUAUUCCAUUAAUAGUUGACAUAUGUUGCAAAUUAGUUGAAGAAAGAGGUCUUGAAUAUACAGGUAUUUAUAGAGUUCCUGGAAACAAUGCAGCCAUCUCAAGUAUGCAAGAGGAACUCAACAAGGGAAUGGCUGAUAUUGAUAUACAAGACGAUAAAUGGCGAGAUUUGAAUGUGAUAAGCAGUUUACUAAAAUCCUUCUUCAGAAAACUCCCUGAACCACUUUUCACAAAUGAUAAAUAUGCCGACUUCAUUGAAGCCAAUCGUAAGGAGGAUCCUCUAGAUCGUCUGAAAACAUUAAAAAGACUAAUUCAUGAUUUGCCCGAACAUCAUUAUGAAACACUCAAGUUUCUUUCGGCUCAUCUGAAGACAGUGGCAGAAAAUUCAGAAAAAAAUAAGAUGGAACCCAGAAACCUAGCCAUAGUGUUUGGUCCAACUCUCGUGAGGACCUCUGAAGAUAACAUGACGCACAUGGUCACUCACAUGCCAGACCAGUACAAGAUCGUAGAGACACUUAUCCAGCACCAUGACUGGUUUUUCACAGAAGAAGGUGCUGAAGAACCUCUUACAACAGUGCAGGAGGAAAACACAGUAGACUCCCAGCCAGUGCCAAACAUAGAUCAUUUACUCACCAACAUUGGAAGGACAGGCGUCUCCCCUGGAGAUGUAUCAGAUUCAGCUACUAGUGACUCAACAAAAUCUAAGGGUUCUUGGGGAUCCGGAAAAGAUCAGUAUAGCAGGGACCUGCUUGUGUCGUCCAUCUUCGCGGCCGCCAGUCGCAAGAGGAAGAAACCAAAAGAAAAAGCACAGCCCAGCAGCUCGGAAGACGAACUGGACAAUGUGUUUUUUAAGAAAGAAAAUGCAGAGCAGGGUCACAACGAUAUUAAAGAAGAGUCCAAAAAAGAGAGCGAGACACCGGGCAGGAAACAAAGGACCGUGGCUUGCAAAGAAAAUCACGCGAAGAAGGACGGCAGCGCGGCCAGAGCUGAUCAGCGAGCCCUGCGGGGGGAGAGCGCAGAGCCCCCGGCCCCCCAGGGCGCCAAGCAGAGCAGGUCGCCCACCCCGAGCUGUCGCCUGGCCAUCCUGAAAGAGGGCCCCAGAGCCCUCGCGGCCCAGAAGGCCUCCCACCCGGACGAGACGGGGCCCGAUUCCGGCGCUCUGGCGAGGUUUUCCACCAAGAAAUCCACCAGCCCCGAACCCAGAGUCGGCGAGUUUCUGGUCAGUGUCGGCACCAUCACCGCCGACUGCUCGGCGACGUCGCCCGCCCCCUCCGUGACCGGCCUCGACUCCAGCCGGCUGAGCCCCGAAGUGCAGUCGGUGGCCGAGAGCAGGGGCGACGACGCCGACGACGAGAGGAGCGAGCUGGUCAGCGAGGGGCGGCCGGUGGAGACGGACAGCGAGAGCGACUUCCCCGUCUUCCCCGCCGCGCUGGCCUCCGAGAGGCUCCUCCGUGGAAAACUGCACGAGGCCACGAAGACGAGCCGGCGGGACUCCGAAGGCAGUGAAGUCAGCUGUACGGAGGGGAGUUUAACACCGAGUUUAGAGAGCCGGAGACAGCUCUUCAGUUCCCAUAAGCUGAUUGAGUGUGACACUCUGUCCAGGAAAAAAUCCGCCAGAUUCAAGUCAGACAGCGCGGCUCUAGGAGAUGCCAAGAAUGAGAAAGAAGCCCCUUCCAUCACGAAAGUGUUCGAGGUGAUGAAAAAAGGAAAAUCGACGGGGAGUUUACUGACACCACCAGCCAGAAGCGAAUCUGAGAAACAGGAGCCCACCUGGAAAACGAAAAUAGCUGAUCGGUUAAAACUGAGGCCCAAAGCACCGGCAGAUGACAUGUUUGGAGUAGGAAAUCAAAAAACCAACGCCGAUCCUGCCAAAAGGAAAAACAUCAAACGCAGACACACGCUGGGAGGGCACAGGGAUGCUACUGAAAUCAGUGUUUUGAAUUUCUGGAAAGCGCAGGAGCAGAGUGGGGACAGAGAAUCCGAACUUUCAGCUGUGACACGGUUGAAGCCCAAAUGCUCAGCCCAGGACCUGUCCAUCUCAGACUGGCUGGCCAGGGAGCGGCUACGCACCAGUACGGCUGACCUGAGCAGAGGGGACGCGGGGGACCCCCAGCCCCAGAGCCUGAGCACAUUAGAAAUACCCACCACGGACCCAGCCCUGUCUUCUCAGUCCGAUGCAGACAGUUCUCCCAGCACCCUGGCUUCAACUAACAGGCCCCCUCUUUCCACACCACCACAGCCACCUGACCAAAUCAAUGGAGAAAGCUUCCAGAACACGAGCCAAAACGCCAGUUCUGCAGCGACGGCCCAACCUCAUCAACUGUCCGAAACCCCAGGCAACAAAGCACAGUUCCAUCCCUGUCUUUAAACUGGGGGCACGUCCACUCCAGCGAAUAAAAGCUACUGUUACACGUUCCAUAACUCUGUAAAUAUUUUCUUGUACCAGAAUUGUUAUUAUGCAGCCUUCAUUUGGGCUGGUUUCAUCACUUUGCACUGUGAAAUAGCUUUACAGUGCAUUACUACAGCCAGAAGAACAUAUAUAUAUAUUUAAAAAUAUAUUGGAUAGUUGUAUACAAAUGAGCAAGGUUAUUUGUUGCGACUCACCACAUAGUGCAUACACCCAACAUUACUGAAGAAAAUAGCUGGCAUUAGUAUGCAGCCAAUGUGUUCUUUUGGUUUCAUCACUAACAAAAGUGCCUCAUCAUAAAAAUACAUUUGGUUUUUAGGGUGCCAUGUUGUUAAAAUUAGAUAACUUACACUGAGUAAACAAAUGCGUUUUAUUGGUAACAAAUUUCAUCACAUUUACCAGUUUUAACACAGGUAGAUACAGAACUUCCAUUCUCUAGUCAUUCCAGGUGGAUCUCUGAGUUUUCUAUUCAAACUUUUAAUACAGUUUUUGAGUUUUGUGUGACUUGAAUUUUUAAUCUUUCUGUAAAAUACGUAACUUAAAUGAACAUAUUAUAUGUGUAUCUUUUCUUCAGAUACCAGAUUUGAUAUAAAUGUUGUAACAUAGGUGUGUAGAUAGUGACCUGGCUGGAACUGGCUUCUUUAUGGAGAAGAAUAUAAUUCUGCAUGAGGACUUAAUGGAUCCAAACCUGUGUCAUGCCUGUGUGCAUACCCAAUUAAACACUGGAAAUAAAAAUUGUUUUGGUGAA